AUGGUAUCACUAGUCAUGCUUGCGGUGCUCGUGCUGCUGCCGACAACAAUUGCCAUGGUGACUACGGCUAGAAGAAACUGUCCCAACACUUGUGGUUCUGAAGUGAUACCUUACCCGUUCGGGCUAGAUCCUUCGUGCUCCUUGCCUGGUUUCAAUCUCACCUGUGCUGUAGACAAGAACACCAACGAGAGUUCUCUCAUGCUGGGGAUGGGCAACUCAAUCCUAAAGUUGUCUCGGGUUUAUGUGGAUGCCAACUUCAACCUCUACGUGAACACCAUUCUCUCGUACUCGACGAAAAUGAUUCCCGGCGUCCGCGACUACUCCAUCCACUGGGAAGCUCCAGCUAGGCCCUUUGCCAUAUCUGGCUCGUCAAACAUGUCCUUGUUCGUUGUCGGCUGCGAUGUCACGGCCUCGCUGUACAUUGGAAACUCGGCCGUUCAGCUACCUGUGUGGACAUGCGAUGGCAUGGUUGGCAUCGGAUGCUGUUCCAUCGGCAUACAGGUGAACCUAAGGGCGUUCACUCUCAACAUCUCAUGCAUCAGUGAUUCUCCACGCCCCAAACAAGUGCAAGCUUUCAUCGCCUACAAUUGGAACCCAACAUUCAGGCCGAUUGAUGCCUACUCUGGGUUAUUAGAGCGAUACGUUGCUCAACUGGAUUGGUCUAUUCCAUACCAACCAAACUGUAAGCAUGCCAUAGAGGACAAGGACAACUAUGCCUGCGUUAGUGACCACAACAAGUGUCAGGACUCGCCGAUCGGUGGAUACCUCUGCUACUGCCAGUCAGGCAGGGGGAAUGCUUACAUUGAUGGCGGCUGCCAUAAUCCUCCAGCCGCUCCAGUAUAUGACUCCCUUCAGCCAAGAACGAAUUGUCCUACAUCGUGCGGGAAUAUGAGCAUCCCGUUCCCCUUCGGUAUAGAGCUUGGCUGCUUUGCAAAGCCCCAUCUCUACCUCGCAUGUACACCAGGGACGACCAUUCUUCUGGUCCUUAAAAUGACUGCUCGAAAGCUCGUCACAGACAUAUCUAUUGACGAUGGUAUCUUGCAAGUUCACGAGGUAUCAGGGCCAGGUGAUUUCAUGGCUGGUUCGAACACGGACUCCACGCUCUACGUAUCAUCUGGAAAAUCAGGCGUGAUACCAAUGAGUGCCAUCAGCCAGAUAAAUGAAAGGGUAUCUGCCAGAAUAGUUUCUGAAGCUAUACAUAUUCAGAACGAGUAUGGCGAGAAGCAGAACCUGUCCAACUACUUCUUGUGGGCUAUGAGGGAGAGGCCCCUCGAGGAGACAGUGGACGCUCAGAUCCUCGAUGAAGCGAAUGGGGAACGGGUUCUGUGCAUGGCUCGGUUGGCGGAGGAGUGCCUAUGUCUGACACGAGCGCAGAGGCCUACCAUGAAGGACGUGGAGAUGAGGCUGCAGCUCCUGGCGGGGCGCCGUGUUGCACCGAGGGUGGAGCGAGGCGACGUUGCACAGCCUCACUCUGAAGCUGCAGGAAACAAUGGGCAUGGUGGCAUUGCUCCGGUGAUUGGUCAGAACGGCUCACGUCAGUUCAGCCAAGAGCAGGAGUUUGCAUUGUCUCUGCGUGUACCGCGGUAGUUUGUAGGCAUGAAG